GGGGCGGGCGCCGGAAGUGACGGAGAGCCCGGAGUCUGAGGCUGCAGGAGGAGUUCGCACCCCGCGUGCACCUGGUGCCUGUUGGCCGGGACCUCCGGCUUCCCUGUACUCCCGGGGACCCUGGCGGCACCUCCCGGACCUACCUCCUGAGCACAGCCAUGUCUGACAAUGGCAACGCGGCCGCGACGGCGGUCUCUGUUUCUCUGGAUCCGUGAAGAGGGCAAAAGGUGCUGAGGCAGCCAGGGAUUCUGGUUCUUGGACAAGGUGUUGAGGCACACGAGGAACAGAGGGGACUGUGACUUGGGGACUUUUUCUGCAGGAAAAAAACAGCCCAAAGAUGAGAGUGAUUCGCGUGGGUACCCGAAAAAGCCAGCUGGCUCGCAUACAAACAGACAGUGUGGUGGCAGUGCUGAAAGCCUUAUACCCAGGCCUGCAGUUUGAAAUCGUUGCUAUGUCCACCACAGGGGACAAGAUUCUUGAUACUGCGCUCUCUAAGAUUGGCGAGAAGAGCCUGUUUACCAAGGAGCUGGAACACGCGCUGGAAAAGAAUGAAGUGGACUUAGUCGUUCACUCCCUGAAGGACCUGCCCACUGUGCUUCCUCCUGGCUUCACCAUUGGAGCCAUCUGCAAGCGGGAGAACCCCUAUGAUGCCGUUGUCUUUCACCCAAAAUUUGUUGGGAAGACCCUAGAAACCUUGCCAGAGAAGAGUGUGGUGGGAACCAGCUCCCUGCGGAGGGCGGCCCAGCUGCAGAGAAAGUUCCCACACCUGGAGUUCAAGAGCAUUCGGGGAAAUCUCAACACACGCCUUCGGAAGCUGGAUGAAUUUCAGGAGUUCAGUGCCAUCAUCCUGGCUGCAGCUGGCCUGCAGCGCAUGGGCUGGCAGCACCGGGUGGGACAGAUACUCCACCCGGAGGAGUGCAUGUAUGCUGUGGGUCAGGGGGCCCUGGGCGUGGAAGUCCGAGCCAAGGACCAGGACAUCCUGGAUCUGGUGGGUGUAUUGCAUGAUCCUGAGACCCUGCUGCGCUGCAUUGCCGAGCGAGCCUUCCUGAGGCACCUGGAAGGAGGCUGCAGUGUGCCAGUGGCCGUGCAUACAGCUAUGAAGGAUGGGCAACUGUACCUGACAGGAGGAGUCUGGAGUCUAGACGGCUCAGAUAGCAUGCAAGAGACCAUGCAGGCCACCAUUUGUGUCACUGCCCAGCAUGAAGAUGGCCCAGAGGAUGAUCCACAGCUGGUGGGGAUCACUGCCCGGAACAUUCCACGACAAGCCCAGCUGGCUGCUGAGAACCUGGGCAUCAGCCUGGCCAGCUUGUUGCUGAACAAAGGAGCCAAGAACAUCCUGGAUGUUGCACGACAGCUUAACGAUGCCCACUAACUGGUCUGUGGGGCACAAGUGCCUGGGUUGCUAUAAUGCAGCGCCUGCAUCCCAGCCCUAGUGCCCCGGUCUCACUGCUAACUGGGGAGUGAUUACCCCAGGGGAUUGAACUGCAAGGUCAGAGACUCCCAGGGACUUGCCUCACCUUGGGGCUGUGUGAGUGCCUUGCCUCCUCAGUAGGUGGGGGUUUCAUCUCUUUAGAGAAAAAGUUCAAGCCACAGCCUUUGAAUGUAACCAACUCAACUAAUAAACCAGCUCUGAAGG